CACGCCGGAAAGGAAUGCCACUAUGGAGAUUUUCUUUCCCCUUCCCCUCCGUGUUUCUCGGGGUAUCGAUGAGCAUUGCUCCCCGUCAACUCCCUUGCGUUCUGGUUCUGGAACCUAACCUCGCGUCAAGAUGUGUGGUAUCAUCGCUCUGAUCUUGGCCAACCCCUCCGGCGCUGCCGCCGUUGAUCUCCACGAGGCCCUCUAUUUACUUCAACAUCGUGGUCAGGAUGCAGCUGGUAUCGCAACCUGUGCGUCCGGGGGUCGCAUGUACCAAUUGAAGGCCAACGGCAUGGCAGCUAAGGUUUUCCAUGACGGUGCAAAGGUCGCCAACCUCCCUGGGUCCAUGGGUAUCGGCCACCUGCGGUACCCAACUGCCGGUAGCAGUGCCAAUGCAGAGGCCCAGCCCUUCUACGUCAACAGCCCGUACGGUAUUUGCCUGGCCCACAAUGGUAACCUCAUCAACGCUCCGGAGUUGAAGCGCUACCUGGAUCUUGAGGCCCACCGUCACAUCAACACCGACAGCGACAGCGAGCUGAUGCUGAACAUCUUCGCUGAUGAGCUCAGUGAGACAAAGAAGGCUCGUGUCAACCAGGAGGAUCUCUUCUCCUCCCUGAGCCGUAUGUACGAGCGCUGUGAGGGUGGUUGGGCUUGCACUGCAAUGCUGGCUGGCUUUGGUAUUCUGGGUUUCCGUGACACCUACGGCAUUCGCCCCUUGGUCCUCGGCUCUCGUCCUUCUCUGGAUGGUGAGGGUACCGAUUACAUGAUGGCCUCUGAGUCCGUUGCCCUGGAUCAGCUCGGCUUCACAAACCAUCGUGAUAUCCAGCCCGGUGAGGCUGUCAUCAUUGAGAAGGGUGGUCAGCCUGUCUUCCGCCAGGUUGCUCCCAAGAAGGACUACGCCCCCGACAUCUUCGAAUAUGUCUACUUCGCGCGUCCCGACUCUGUCAUGGACGGCAUCAGCGUCUACCGCAGUCGCCAGCGCAUGGGUGACAAGCUUGGUGCCCGUAUCCUCGAUGUGCUGGGUCCCGAGGUCGUCAAAGACAUUGACGUGGUCAUUCCUAUUCCCGAGACCUCAACUACCUCUGCCACACACGUUGCUCAGUACCUGGACAAGCCGUACUGCCAAGGCUUCGUGAAGAACCGCUACGUCUUCCGCACAUUCAUCAUGCCCGAGCAAAAGACCCGGCAAAAGGGUGUUCGCCGCAAGCUGAACGCCAUGAAGCAGGAGUUCAAGGACCGCAACGUGCUGCUCGUCGACGACAGUAUCGUGCGUGGAACCACCAGUCGCGAGAUCGUCAACAUGGCUCGCGAGGCCGGUGCCAAGAAGGUCUACCUGGCCAGCUGUGCACCCGAGAUCACCCACGCUCACAUCUACGGUAUCGAUCUUGCCUCGCCCCAAGAAUUGGUUGCUCACAACCGUGACACCGCCAGCAUUGCUCGUCACAUCGGCGCCGAGAGUGUCAUUUUCCAGACCUUGGAGGAUCUCAAGGAGUCCUGUGCCGAGAUCGCACGUGAAAAUGGCCAGUCGGAGCCUACCAACUUCGAGGUUGGUGUGUUCUGCGGCAGUUACGUGACCCCGGUGCGCCCUGGUUACUUCGAACACCUCGAGCAGAUGCGCGGCGAGGGUCGCAAGGCCAAGGCCGUGGACAAGGCGAAGGAGGCUGUUGCCCAUGGCGUCGCCAGCAUAUCUGACUUCAAGAUUGCUGCCAACGGUGUCACCAUGGACACCAAUGGCAAGAUCAUCCCCGCCGACUCCCCCGAGCCCGUCGCCACAUUUGUGAGCGAGGCUGACCCCAACCCCAAGGUCGACGAUCGCAUGGAUAUCAGCAUCCACAACAUUGCUGAUCACCCUUGAGCGUAGCCAGUUCCUUUUUCUUAUUUCCUUUCUCUGUUCAUGAUUCUCAAAGCCACCACCCUUUUUUGUUUGAUUUUGCAUCCGGAGUCUAGGAGUUUGUAUGGUGGCAUACUAGACGGGCGGACAAUAUUCCCCCAAUGUGAUGUAACAAGUGACGAGAAAACGCAUAUUCCUCGAGAUUCCCAUAGCAAUGAACCAUUAGCUAGAUCUGAAUUGAGGUCAGAUACCAUUCGAACAGAAGAACUCUCUCUCCCAGUACUACUCAUAUAGUCACUAAAUUCGGCCUGAUUGACCACCUCGCUUCUAUCACCGU